UCCUCCCACCCAUAUAAUCACUGUUAAUGGCAAGGAGUGUAUAAACUUUGCAUCGUUUAACUUUCUUGGACUUUUGGAUAAUGAAAAGGUUAAGAGUGCGGCCCAGGCAUCCCUGAAGAAAUACGGUGUUGGUACUUGUGGACCUAGAGGAUUCUAUGGUACUUUUGAUGUGCACUUAGAAUUAGAAGAACGACUAGCAAAAUUCAUGAGGACAGAGGAAGCUAUUAUAUACUCAUAUGGAUUUGCAACAAUUGCCAGUGCUAUUCCUGCAUAUUCGAAAAGAGGGGACAUUGUGUUUGUAGAUGAAGCUGCCUGCUUUGCUAUUCAGAAGGGAUUACAAGCAUCUCGUAGUAACAUCAAGUUAUUUAAGCAUAAUGAUAUGGCUGACCUUGAACGACUGUUGAAAGAACAAGAGACUGAAGAUCAAAAGAAUCCUCGCAAGGCCCGUGUAACUCGAAGGUUUAUUGUAGUGGAAGGAUUGUAUAUGAACACAGGAGAUGUUUGCCCUCUUCCAGAAUUGGUAAAAUUGAAGUAUAAAUACAAAGUUAGAAUAUUUUUGGAGGAGAGCCUUUCCUUUGGAGUCCUUGGAGAACACGGAAGAGGAAUUACUGAACACUUUGGAAUAAAUAUUGAUGAUAUAGAUCUUAUUAGUGCAAAUAUGGAAAAUUCACUGGCUUCUAUUGGAGGAUUUUGCUGUGGAAGAUCUUUUAUUAUUGACCAUCAGCGAUUGUCUGGUCAAGGCUACUGCUUUUCUGCAUCCCUACCUCCUUUGUUAGCUGCUGCUGCUAUUGAGGCUCUGAAUAUUAUGGAAGAUAAUCCAGACAUUUUUCAGACUCUCCGGGCUAAAUGCGAACGAAUUCACAAAGCUUUACAGGGGAUUUCUGGCUUAAAAGUAGUGGGAGAAUCUUUUUCUCCAGCGUUGCACCUACAGUUGGAAGAGAGCUGUGGAUCUCGAGAAGAUGAUGUGAAGUUACUCAAAAGAGUUGUGGAUUAUUGCAUGAAUAGUGGUAUUGCAUUAACUCAGGCCCGCUAUCUGGAGAAAGAAGAAAAAUGUCUUCCUCCACCCAGCAUUCGAGUAGUGAUAACAGUGGAACAAACAGAACAAGAACUGGACAAAACUGCAUCACUUCUUAAGGAAGCUGCACAGUCUGUGUUGAAUUAGACUGCUGUUUGGAUUCCUCUUUCCCCAAAUUAUCAGGAUAAGUUUUUUACACUGUAUAGUGACUUCACUUCAGAUAUGCAAGUUCUUCCACUGAUGGCAUUGAAACCUGACUGAGUAACAAGAUUGUUCCAGAAUGGUACAAAUGCAGUGAGGGGAAGAAUACUGAAUUUUGGAACUGGUG